GCAGAAGCGGCCGCUGCCAGCACACAGAGCAUGUCUCCCCCCCGAGCCUGCUCUACACUGCUGGGGGGCCCGGGGCCCUAGACUCCCCCACGGACCAUGUCCAGCAGCAUCCAGGCCAGCAUGGGGAUCAGGUAAUUUAGACUAAGAGACAGAUAGAUGGGGAGGACAUAUUACUGAGGACCCCCAAAUCUAAAGAGCUUUCAUCCCUGGACAUAGAGACCUUCACUGCUGGAGACACAGGGACCCUCAUCACUUGAGAUCCUCAUCUCUGGACACAGAGACCCCUCAUCAUUGGAAACCUCUUAUCUCUGAUCACAGAGACCCCUUAUCAUUGGAAACCAUAUCUCUGGACACAGAGACCCCUCAUCUUUGGAGACCCCAUCUCUGGAGACAAGGAACCCUCAUCAUUGGAGACCACCAUCUGUGAAAAGAGAGAGCUCUCAUCGUUGGAGACCCCCCCAUCUCUGGAUACAGAGUCCCUUCAUCCUUGAGGAUCCCCAUCUCUGGACACAGAGAACCCCUAUCUUUGGAGAAAACCCCCUUAGACAUAGAUCUCCCAUCUCUGGACCCAUUAUCAUUUCUUGUAGCUCCCCCUCACCUUCACAGGUGUCCAGGGACUGCCCCCUCCCUGGUAGGUGGCAUAGAGACCCCCAUACAGUACCUCAAUCACUAUAUCACUUCCCUCCUAUCUCAUUUGUUUCUGGUGACCACAGAUAGCCCCAUCAUCACAGAACACGGCCCCCUUCUUCACUUACUGCUCAUUGCACCCAGCUACCUAUCUUCCCUGAAUAAUCACUGGACGCGUCUAUCCCCCCACCCUUACACACCAUUCCUGGACCCCAAAUAAUUUCUAAGGACAACUCCUACCCCCCAGACACCCAAAAUCACACCCCAACUCUACAAACAGACGUUCAUUGUUGGAGAGCCCCUCUCCAGUCCCUUGGAGGGACCCCAAUAUUACUGACCUCCCCCAUCACCAGACUGGACCCAACACCCUACCUUUACUGGACUUGCCUCCCUCCUGUAAAUUAGGCACCUACCUCUGGACACAGCUCCAUCCCUCCUUCCUCCCUGUCUCCUGGACACAGAUACCUGGAUCUGGCCUUCUGCAGGGGAUUCAGCUGGGACCCUCUUCUAUUCCUCAAUGGUCAAUGAAAGCCGGACAAUGUACAUCCCAGAGGGAGACCACCAAGGCUCUAACUACACAAACCCUCUUCCGGCAUUGGGCACCAUGAACUCCACCCCUGGCCUUGCCACGGAGCAUAUCCCCACCCCAGGUGCUGCCCUCUCCUGGCAAGCUGCCAUCGAUGCCGCCCGACAGGCCAAGUUAAUGGGCAGUGCCGCCAAUGCCACCAUAUCCACGGUCAGUUCUACGCAGAGGAAAAGGCAGCAGUACAGCAAGCAAAAAAAACAGGGAGCCACAACAGCGACACGGCCCCCGCGGGCGCUACUCUGCCUCACCCUGAAAAACCCCAUCCGCAGAGCCUGCAUCAGCAUCGUAGAAUGGAAACCCUUCGAAAUCAUUAUUUUGCUGACUAUUUUUGCCAACUGUGUGGCCUUAGCUGUCUAUAUCCCCUUCCCUGAGGACGACUCCAACGCCACAAACUCCAACUUGGAGCGGGUGGAGUACCUCUUCCUCAUCAUUUUCACAGUGGAAGCUUUCCUCAAAGUCAUUGCAUAUGGGCUUCUCUUUCACCCCAACGCAUACCUCCGGAAUGGCUGGAACUUGCUGGAUUUCAUCAUUGUGGUUGUAGGGCUUUUUAGUGCAAUUUUAGAACAAGCAACAAAGGCAGAUGGUGGCAGUGCCCUUGGAGGGAAAGGGGCGGGCUUCGAUGUGAAGGCACUGCGAGCAUUCAGAGUGCUGAGACCCCUGAGGCUGGUAUCUGGGGUACCCAGUCUACAGGUGGUGCUGAAUUCUAUCAUUAAGGCCAUGGUGCCGCUGCUGCACAUCGCCCUGUUGGUGCUGUUCGUCAUUAUCAUUUAUGCCAUUAUCGGGCUGGAGCUGUUCAUGGGCAAGAUGCAUAAAACCUGCUACUUCCUGGUCAACAAAGACGUCCCUUCAGAAGAGGAGCCCUCGCCCUGUGCCCUUCCAAGCAAUAAUGGACGCCACUGUCCCAAUGAGACCCUCUGUGAUUCUGGCUGGGACGGGCCCAAGCACGGAAUCACCAAUUUUGACAACUUUGCAUUUGCCAUGCUCACCGUCUUCCAAUGCAUUACCAUGGAGGGCUGGACAGACGUACUCUACUGGAUGCAGGACGCCAUGGGAUAUGAGCUGCCCUGUGUGUACUUUGUCAGCCUUGUCAUCUUUGGAUCGUUUUUCGUUCUGAAUCUGGUUCUUGGUGUGCUGAGCGGAGAAUUUUCAAAGGAGCGAGAGAAGGCCAAGGCCCGGGGUGAUUUCCAGAAGUUGAGAGAGAAGCAGCAGCUAGAGGAGGACUUGAAAGGGUAUCUAGACUGGAUCACACAGGCUGAGGACAUCGAUCCUGAGAAUGAAGACGAGGACAUAGAUGAAGACAAACCACGGAACAUGAGUAUGCCAACCAGUGAGACAGAGUCUGUGAACACUGACAAUGUAGGCAGUGGCGAUGUGGACGAAGAAGGCUGCGGAGUUCGGUUGGCGCACAGAAUUUCCAAGUCUAAAUUUAGCCGUUACUGGCGGCGAUGGAACCGGUUUUGUCGAAGGAAGUGCCGGGCAGCGGUGAAGUCUAACGUCUUCUAUUGGCUGGUGAUUUUUCUGGUUUUCCUGAACACGCUGACCAUUGCUUCCGAGCACUACAACCAACCUGACUGGCUCACCGAAGUACAAGAUACAGCAAACAAGGUCCUCCUGGCACUCUUCACCGCCGAGAUGCUCCUGAAGAUGUACAGUUUGGGGCUCCAGGCAUACUUUGUCUCCCUAUUCAACCGAUUCGACUGCUUCAUCGUCUGUGGGGGGAUUCUGGAAACCAUAUUGGUAGAGACCAAAAUCAUGUCCCCUCUGGGCAUCUCUGUCCUACGCUGCGUACGUCUUCUCAGGAUAUUCAAGAUUACCAGGUACUGGAAUUCCCUCAGUAAUCUGGUGGCCUCUCUGCUGAAUUCUGUGCGCUCCAUCGCUUCCCUGUUGCUUCUCCUUUUCCUCUUCAUCAUCAUCUUCUCCCUGCUGGGGAUGCAACUCUUCGGGGGAAAGUUCAACUUCGACGAAAUGCAGACCCGCCGCAGCACCUUCGACAACUUCCCGCAGGCACUGCUCACUGUCUUCCAGAUCCUUACUGGAGAGGACUGGAAUUCAGUGAUGUAUGACGGGAUAAUGGCAUACGGCGGACCCUCAUUUCCUGGGAUGCUCGUCUGCAUCUAUUUCAUAAUCCUCUUCAUCUGUGGAAAUUAUAUCCUCCUGAAUGUCUUCUUGGCCAUUGCUGUGGACAACCUGGCCGAUGCUGAAAGCCUGACCUCUGCUCAGAAGGAGGAGGAGGAAGAGAAGGAGCGGAAGAAACUUGCUCGAACGGCGAGCCCAGAGAAGAAACAUGAGAAGGAGACGAUUGGAAAAUCUCCAGUUCCAGCUGUGGAGGAGAACAAAGAGAAGAUCGAGCUGAAGGCUAUCACUGCAGAUGGCGAAUCACCUCCUGCUACCAAGAUUAAUGUGGAAGAUCAUCCAUCCAAUGAAAAUGAUGAGAAGUCUCCAUACCCCAGCAGCAAUGAAAACCCAGGGGGGGAAGAGGAAGAGGAGGAGCCAGAGAUGCCUGUUGGCCCUCGUCCUCGUCCACUGUCUGAACUGCACAUUAAGGAGAAGGCUGUUCCCAUGCCCGAAGCAACCGCUUUCUUCAUUUUCCGUCAGGACAACAAGUUCCGCCUCCACUGUCACCGUAUUGUCAACAACAACAUCUUUACCAACCUGAUCCUCUUCUUCAUCCUCCUAAGCAGCAUAUCACUGGCAGCCGAAGACCCCGUGAGACACUACUCCUUCAGGAACCAAAUCCUAGGGAACGCCGACUAUGUGUUCACUAGCAUUUUCACAUUAGAAAUCAUCCUGAAGAUGACGGCUUAUGGUGCAUUCUUGCACAAGGGCUCCUUCUGCAGGAAUUACUUCAACAUCUUGGACCUGCUGGUGGUCAGCGUUUCACUCAUCUCCUUUGGCAUACAGUCCAGUGCCAUCAAUGUGGUGAAGAUUUUGAGGGUCCUCAGAGUUUUGCGACCACUCAGAGCCAUCAACAGAGCCAAAGGGCUCAAGCAUGUGGUCCAGUGCGUAUUCGUUGCUAUUCGCACCAUUGGAAAUAUUGUCAUCGUCACCACUCUACUACAGUUUAUGUUUGCCUGCAUUGGAGUACAGCUGUUCAAGGGCAAGUUGUACAGCUGCACAGACAGCUCGAAGAUUACAGAAGCCGAGUGCAGGGGGAGGUUCAUCAGCUACAAAGAUGGCGAUGUGUCACAGCCAAUGGUUCAGGACCGGAACUGGGAAAACAGCAAGUUUGACUUUGAUAACGUCCUGGCGGCAAUGAUGGCACUUUUCACCGUCUCCACCUUUGAAGGCUGGCCGGAGCUGCUAUACAGAGCCAUUGACUCUCACACAGAGGAUAUUGGCCCCGUCUACAACCACCGUGUGGAGAUCUCAAUCUUCUUCAUCAUCUACAUCAUCAUUAUCGCCUUCUUCAUGAUGAACAUCUUCGUUGGUUUCGUCAUUGUGACCUUCCAGGAGCAAGGAGAGCAGGAAUACAAGAACUGUGAGCUUGACAAGAACCAGCGACAGUGUGUGGAGUACGCCUUGAAGGCCCGGCCCUUGCGCAGGUACAUCCCUAAGAAUCAGUACCAAUACAAAGUGUGGUACGUUGUCAACUCUACCUAUUUUGAGUACCUCAUGUUCGUGCUGAUCCUCCUCAACACCAUCUGCCUGGCCAUGCAGCACUAUGGGCAGAGCUGUUCCUUCAAGGAAGCCAUGAACAUCCUCAAUAUGCUGUUCACCGGCUUGUUUACAGUGGAGAUGAUCCUGAAACUCAUUGCUUUUAAGCCAAAGGGUUAUUUUAGUGACCCCUGGAAUGUCUUUGACUUUCUCAUCGUCAUUGGCAGCGUAGUUGACGUCAUACUCAGCGAGACCAGUACAGGUGAACACUCUCAAUGCCACAAUAUGCAGGGUGAGGAGAACUCCAGAAUCUCCAUCACAUUCUUCAGGCUCUUUCGAGUCAUGCGUUUGGUGAAGCUUCUCAGCCGAGGAGAGGGAAUCCGCACCCUGCUCUGGACCUUCAUCAAGUCUUUCCAGGCUCUUCCCUAUGUGGCUCUACUCAUUGUAAUGCUGUUUUUCAUCUAUGCUGUGAUUGGAAUGCAAGUUUUUGGGAAAAUAGCUCUUAACGACACAACGGAAAUUAACAGGAACAAUAAUUUUCAGACCUUCCCUCAAGCUGUUCUGCUGCUGUUCAGAUGUGCUACCGGUGAAGCAUGGCAGGAGAUAAUGUUGGCUUGUCUUCCCAACAAGAUGUGUGACCGGAAUUCUGAAAGUCCCCCACUUCUCGAGGAUGACUACUCCUGUGGAAGCAGCUUCGCCGUCUUCUACUUCAUCAGCUUCUACAUGCUCUGCGCCUUCUUGAUCAUCAAUUUGUUUGUCGCGGUCAUUAUGGAUAAUUUUGACUAUCUGACGCGGGAUUGGUCCAUAUUGGGCCCUCAUCAUUUGGAUGAAUUCAAGCGAAUAUGGGCAGAGUAUGAUCCGGAGGCUAAGGGGCGCAUCAAGCACCUGGAUGUAGUGACACUUCUACGGCGGAUACAGCCUCCUUUGGGUUUCGGCAAGCUGUGCCCGCAUCGUGUGGCGUGUAAGCGUCUGGUCGCCAUGAACAUGCCUCUAAACAGCGAUGGGACAGUCAUGUUUAAUGCUACUCUCUUCGCUUUGGUUCGGACUUCUCUAUGCAUUAAAACUGAUGGUAAUCUGGAGCAGGCCAAUGAGGAACUCAGAGCUAUCAUUAAGAAGAUCUGGAAGAGGACCAGUAUGAAACUGCUUGACCAGGUGGUGCCGCCAGCUGGGGAUGACGAGGUCACCGUGGGGAAGUUUUAUGCCACCUUCUUGAUUCAGGAAUACUUCCGCAAGUUCAAGAAGCGCAAAGAGCAGGGGCUUGUGGGAAAACCAUCUCAGCGCACUACUCUCUCCUUGCAGGCCGGACUGCGCACGCUGCACGAUAUUGGGCCUGAGAUUCGUCGUGCUAUUUCCGGAGAUUUGACUGCAGAGGAGGAGCUGGACAAAGCCAUGAAGGAGGCAGUGUCCGCCGCAUCUGAGGACGACAUCUUCCGGAGGGCGGGAGGCUUGUUUGGGAAUCAUGUAGGAUAUUAUCAAAGCGAGGUGCGAAGUGCAUUCCCUCAAACCUUUACUACACAGAGACCUUUACACAUCAACAAGACAUCUGCCGGUCCUGGGGACAUAGAUUCGCCCUCCCAUGAGAAACUGGUGGACUCCACCUUCACUCCCAGCAGCUACUCGUCCUCCGGAUCUAAUGCCAACAUCAACAAUGCCAACAACACGGCCCUAGUAUGUCUUCCCAAUCUGCCUGCCUACCAAAGCACAGUCAGCACUGUAGAGGGACAGAGCUGCCCGCUGCGCACACAUGGGUCCUGGAAAAUCAGCUCUAAGAGGACAUGUCACCACAAGGGCUGGGGACGUUCAGUGUCCCGGGACAGCCGACUGCCGAUCAUCUGCCGUGAGGAAGCAUCUCAGGAUGAGACAUAUGAUGCCAGCGAGGAGGUGGAGUACAACAGUGAGCCGAGCCUCCUAUGCUCAGACAUGUUCUCAGAUCAAGAUGAGGAGAGCCGGCAAUUGACCCCAUCAGAGGGAGAAGUUGAGAGAGGGCUGUGUCCAUCUCCCAAGAGAAGCUUCCUGCGUUCUGCCUCAUUGGGCAGGAGGGCCUCAUUCCAUUUGGAAUGCCUGAGAAGAUACCGGAAUCAAGGUGGGGACGCAUCACCCAAAGCCGUAUUACCGCAACUUCACCUGGUGCACCAUCAGGCAUUAGCGGUGGCCGGCCUCAGUCCUCUGCUACGGAGGAGUCACUCGCCGACUGCGUUUUCCCGCCUUUGUUCUACUCCACCCGCCACGCCCUGCUCACGAGGGUGGGCACAACAGACUGUGCCAGCAGUGAGGCUACAUGGAGACCCGGGGUCCAAAGAAAAUGUACACAGCAGCUUCCCCUCUGUGCACUGCAGCGACUGCAGCCUUGGGCGGGACCGUCCCGCCUCCCUUACAGUCCCGUGCCAUGUGCGGGAGCAGACGCGGCAGCACCACGGCAGCGCCAGCAGUUUAGUGGAAGCGGUGCUGAUCUCAGAAGGAUUGACGCAGUUUGCUCAGGACCCUCACUUCCUACAAGUGGCUACGCACGAGCUGGCGGACGCCUGCGACAUGACGAUAGAGGAAAUGGAGUCGGCUGCUGACAGCUUCUUGAAUGGCAAGCCCAGCCCUAAUAGGAAGCUCUCCCCUUUCCCCAAACGCAGGGACCAGGGUGUGGACUGCGCAGGGGGUGGGUCAGAAGAGCCAGAACUCUCACCAGGCUGUCGGAACAGCAAGGGCGAGUCAGAGGACUGCCGGGUAUAUAUGAGCAGCCCAUAGUGGACGCUCCUCGCAUGGACAUGAGCCGCAGAUAUGGCGACACGACCAAGGGUGGAUGUUUUGGAGGAGUUUCAAGCUCCUUUUCUCUUUUCUUUCUCUUUUAUUUUUUUUUCUUUUUUAUUUUUUUUCAGUGUUCCUAAUGAGUUUGUUUCAGAAGUGCCUCACUGUUCUCGUGACCCGGAGUGACCAGAACAGAGUUUUUUCAUCUAUUUUAGUUGGGGGCGGGAGGGGGGAGACAUCCAGAGCUGACGGUCACUGCAGUUUUGGGAGUGGCAGACCGACUGGAAUUCUUCGGGGGUCUUACGGACAACCUUGGAAAAGAGUCUCAAAAUCAAGAAAUGUACACCUGAGGACGGAUCCAUGGGGGACGCCUUAAUUACACCACAAAGCUGUUUUAUUGUACCUGGCGCUGACUGUCCAUCAUCUCUAAUUCACUGACCAUCCUUGACCCAGAUGAAAGAGGACCUGUUACUUUUCAAUUAUCAUGUUUGCCUGUUCAGUUUACCGAUGGCGGUGGCAUUUUCAUAAUGUGGCUGUUUCCAGUUUGACCUGCUUCCCUAGAUAUUUGGCCUGAUCGUUGGGAGAGGGCCUGUGGUGGCCACGCUGGGACUUUCUUACUGCAUAUGCCUGUCAACAUCCACAACUGCUUAAUUAAACAAUUAGCGCACUUUUAACACGUCUUUAAAGGAAAUCUGUAUUGUGGGAAAUAUAAAGUCUUCUUUGGCUGACCUCUGCUUCUGAAAUUGCUAGCUGCCUGGCCUUCAAACUUAUCAAAUACUCUGAUUUAAUACUCUGUGUCAAUGAAUUGGUAUAAGUAUGAUCGUACCUGACAAUGCAAUUUGCAUUUUUACAAGGAGUUCAGCAUCUGCAGCCCCUGUAUUUCUCACAGUGAAGGUUUCACUCGAUACACCCACACAAGUCAAGCACAUUUACAAGUAUAACUUUUCAUCUUUUCCUUCUCUGGCUGAGCACUGACUGCUUCAUUGAAAGCCUCAAGCUUCUGUCAGUCUGGAGUUCCAGGAUUAUUUAUUUUACUCAUUUAUAUUGCUCUGACACUUUUUUCCACAAUGCUUCACAGAGACAUGCAUGGUCCCAGCCCCAAGAACUGAUAGAAGGGCCAAUUAUAGAUGGAAACUACUACUACUAGUAUUUUUUGGACUGUUUGGGGAAACCAGAGGAGGGGAAAAAAACACUAAGAGAGAGUAUACAAACCCUGAUAGUGUAUUUUGUGAGAAUGUGAGCGACAAAGUAAAAUUGCACUUAACUACCACACUGCCAAGGCUGUUCACCUUAUAAUAGCGAAAGCAUCCCAAUAAACGUGCAUGCUCUGGAUCCCUGUUGGGGGAUGACCAUUAAGUAAACCAUUCUUCAAGGGAUGUCUUUCUGGAGUAUGGAAGAGUUAAAAACCUCUGUCAGGUUUUUAUUCCCCAAAAUGUUAAAACACAAUAAGAGCACUAGGAUUGUGAAAUAGUCCACGUAGCUAUUUUGAUUCAUUCUAUGAUCACAUGAAACAGUUGGCGCAUUUAGGAGGCUCAAAAUACUCCCCUGCAUCGGGACUUGAAUAAUGCAUGUGGUUAAAUCUCAGAGGCACAAUUAUCAGGAUACAAUGGCUAAACAGUGAUGUAUGCCAUAUCUCCAGAGUUAGUGAGACAGCACAUAAAUAGUAGGUUAUGCUGUUUGACUAAGUCUGGAGAUAUUUCCUACAUCACUGUUUAAGUAAAGCAGAAAUCUAGCCAAAAAUGUCCUUCAAUCAAAUUUGCUUCUUUCUUUCACACUCCAGUCCUACUUCACAGGGACUGCAUAAGGCUAAUACCAGGUCAGAUUCAGAUACUUACACUGCUUGUGUAUUAUUGAUUACAUAUUUGCAUUCAUUUCUUUCUUAUAUCUGCCUGGAGUUCAGCUUUAAGGUAUCCCGGCAAUUCUGAUGAAUUAAAAGCUACUUGGACUCUUUCACUAUUUGGUCUGGUGCUCUGUUGUGUUUUUACAUUUUGAGCCACUUUCUGGGAGGAGAGCCUUGCUUUACAUGAUCAGCCUCACCAGAACCAGUAGGUUUGUUAAAUGUUUUCUCGGUUUUACCGAGUGAUUAUGUAUAUAGUCCCUUGGGUGUGUUUUGAGUUAGUUUUUUUUCCUGUCUGUGCCCCAGUCGGGGAAAUCUCACCCCCACUUCCUGUGUUGGUAACUGGUGCCAGAUAGGACAGGAACUGUGGGUAAAUUUUCACAAUGGGAAUGAAGGUUUUAGUGAGGAUUUCCCCCAAUUCCUGUUCUGUAGGGUCUACAAGACAUAAUUGAUUGGAAUUGUCCCCAAAGGGGACUCAUACAACAACUACCUUCUCCACUGUACCCAGAGUUAAGACAAAAAGUUUGUAGUGGACUUGUAGUAGAAUUAAUUAAUGCAUGGACCUUCAUUUUAAGUAUGGUGUGGUUUGAUAUACAAGCACUGAUUAAACAGAGGGUUUGGCAGCAAA